AUGGAUACUUCUAAAGAACAUAAAAUGAUGGCUUCAAGCGAUUACUCUUUCCUUGAAAGAUCUGUACAUGAAGUCUACAUAUGGAUAUGGUUUAUAAUCCAUGUUUAUCGGUGUGAUAAAUUUUCAUCCCUUCAAUGGAAGAGAAUAAGAGCACUAGAAUUAAAAUCGUUUGUCACGAUUUUAAUAUUGCUAACAUUACCAUUUGAAGCAUUUUAUGACAUUAUUUUGACCAAAAUAAAAUAUACCGAAGGAUUUUAUUUAUUUGUUCCGACCUUCUCAAUAAGGUCUAAACCAAGAUGGUUAUGGUCAGAAGAAGAUCAAUCAUGGUGGACUCCUACUUUCUAUACAUUGAUGGUUGGAUUUAGCUUCCAAACUGGAACAUUAUUUCUUUUACAAUGUUUCUGGAAUUAUCUUUCGAAUUCAAUUGCAAAGGUUUCAUUUAUGUCAAGAAUUGAAUUCAGUAUUUAUAUAAUUUGGGGAGUUAUCUCAGUAAUCAUGUUUCCUAUAUUGCCAGCUAUAUUAAGUCAAUAUGAAUCACUAAUAGAGGUUGUUCCACAAUUGGCUUAUGCUUCACAGUUAAUGAUUUUAGCGAUACUUGGAAUAAUUACACAUUUGAGGUUUCAAAAAUUAAUUAAUACAGUUAAUAUAAACAACAAAAAUAAAGCUCAUAUCAUUGCAAAAAUCAGAUAUUUCAUCGAUAUGAAUAAAUUAUUGACUGGAAGUUUAUUCAUAAUGAGUGCUAGGUUUGUUGGUACUGGUUCAGGAGGUAGUUCAUUCAACACAAAUUUAGGUUCUGCGGCCACUAAUUCUGCUAAAUUAUCUAAUAUGCCACCUGAUGGUAAAGUUAUUUACACCGAAACUAAACCAUUAGGUAAAGUGGGUGGAUUAGAAUUUGUAGCAGUGGAGAAAGCUGAUCCAAGAAGUAUUCCCUCAUAUUAUUUUAUGAAUGACAAUUCAGUUAUUAAUGAUGACAACGAAUAUCCAUUGCCUAAUAAUAAUGUUGUUAAUAAUGGUAAUUAUAUUGGAUCAUCAUCAUCUGGUGAUGAAAAUCGAGUUAUUAAAAAAUCCAGUGAUAAUGAAGAGCCAGAACCAAGAAAAUCUACACAACAGGAACGCAUGUUGGUUUUACAAAGACAACGAGAUGAAUUCAAUUCUUCAACCAUGCCAAAUAAUAAUUUAUCGUCAAUGAAAAAUCAAUUUGAAGUUCAAAAUACCACUUAUACAGGGAAAAGCGGCACUAGUAAAAUCAAUGAAGAUGCAGCAGUUAACACAGCAUCUUCAGUUAACUUAAAUAGAAAUGGAAAAUACUGGUACCAGAUUGAUAAUCCGUCACUAUUAGAUUUUUUUAAUUAUCGUAAAGUAAUCAUGCAAGAAAUCUUUGAUGAAAAAUUCAGUUAUAGAGUAGAUAUUGGAUUUUG